UAAUACAGUACUGUCAUGGCGCGGACGAGCUGUAGCAGGGGGUAAAUCAGGAAGAGAAUGCGCUAUAAGUGGGUUAACACUGAAUUUUAGUUCAUUAUUGGUGUUUCGGUGGAAACGCCGAGUGGACUGCUGUCCUUUGAGGAAAACCAGCGGAGCUGUUCUUGGACUUGACCCUCGUUUUGGAGUUUUGCUCAUGACAGUGAGCUACCUGUCAAGCCAUUGACAAUAGUUCCAUUACCGUAGCCUUUACCGAAGAAAUGAAAGUCGCAGUUCCCUCGCUUACAUUUUGACUGAAGGGGAGAAGGGCAAGACCUAAGCGACCUGGCUUUACAACGGAUAUUAUCAAGCUAGUCCGUACCAUUUUGGCUUGGGCUUUUUUUUGCUGCAUUAUUCCAUUCGUCCCCUAUCAAGUUUCCGACAGAGGAGAGCCUACUUCUACUUGGAAACGCAGUGACAACUCCAAUGUCGCGGUGUCAUCGACUGGAUAGUCUGCUCUCGUCCGUGUGUGCCUAUUUCGAUAUAAUACUCAUCUUUUGUUGAGUUUAAGGCGUUUUUGGAAAACUGUUUGUAUGGGGAGGGAAAUAUAUUACCUGUUUAACCCCAUACUGUCUACGUAACUGACCAGGGAAUAUAUUCUAGCGACUCUUGCACCACUGCCUUUGAGGGUGAACAGGUGCCUUACCUGUGAACGCCACCUGUCCUGUCUUUCAUUUAGAUAUGGCUAGCAAAGUGACAUCGGGUGCUGGUCGACAAGGAAAUGGGGGCCAGGACGAAAAAGGACAAUCUAUGGCGCUUAACCCCGGGAUUCCUAUCAGGGGAAUAAGGAUGAAAUUCGCCGUGCUUGCUGGCUUGGUAGAAGUUGGGGAAGUUUCGAACCGUGACAUAGUGGAGACCGUCUUCAACCUGUUGGUCGGGGGCCCGUUCGACCUGGAGAUGAACUUCAUCAUCCAGGAGACGGAGAGCGUGGUGUGCAUGGUGGAGCUGCUGGACAAGUGCCAGGCCACCUGCCAGGCGGAGGUGUGGAGCAUCUUCACGGCCGUGCUGAAGAAGAGCGUGAGGAACCUCCAGGCCUGCACCGACACCGCCCUCAUCAGGCUGGUGCUGGAGCGCGUGGCCUGCGCAGACAGCAUGAUUGCAGACCUGAUGGUGGAUAUGCUGGGGGUGCUGGCCAGCUACAGCAUCACAGUGAAGGAGCUCAAGCUGUUCUUCAGUAAACUGCAAGGCGACAGCGGCCAAUGGCCUCCACAUGCAGUGAAGCUGCUGUCUGUGCUGAAGAGCAUGGCCCACAGGAACGGACCUGACUCCUUCUUUAGCUUCCCGGGGAAGAGUGCUGCCGCCAUCGCUCUGCCCCCCAUCGCCAAGUGGCCCUACCAGAGUGGCUUCACCUUCCACACAUGGCUUCGCAUGGACCCCAUCAACAACAUCAACGUGGACAAGGACAAGCCUUACCUCUACUGUUUUCGCACCAGCAAAGGCCUGGGCUAUUCGGCACACUUUGUGGGCGGCUGCUUGAUUGUGACCUCGUUAAAGUCUAAAGGGAAGGGAUUCCAGCACUGCGUGAAGUACGACUUCAAACCACAGAAGUGGUACAUGGUGACCAUCGUCCACAUCUACAACCGCUGGAAGAACAGCGAGAUCAGCUGCUACGUGAAUGGAGAGCUGGCGUCGUACGGAGAGAUCACCUGGCUUGUCAACACCAGCGACACGUUCGACAAGUGUUUCCUGGGCUCGUCGGAGACCGCCGAUGCCAACCGUGUGUUCUGUGGCCAGAUGGGGGCAGUCUACCUGUUUGGAGAGGCCCUCAGCGCUGCCCAGAUCCUGGCCAUCUACCAGCUGGGCCCAGGCUACAAGGGCACGUUCAAGUACAAGGCAGAGAGCGACCUGCUGUUCGCUGAACACCACAAGACGCUGCUGUACGACGGCAAGCUGGCGGCCAGCAUCGCCUUCACCUACAACCCCCGCGCCACCGACGCCCAGCUCUGCCUCGAGUCCUCCCCCAAAGACAACACCUCCAUCUUUGUGCACUCGCCCCAUGCACUCAUGCUGCAGGAUGUCAAGGCGGUGGUGACCCACUCAAUCCAGAGCGGGAUACACUCUAUCGGAGGGGUGCAAGUGCUCUUCCCCCUGUUCUCCCAGCUGGACUACCAACAGCACACCAGCCACGAGCUGGACACCUCUGUCUGCUGCACUUUACUGUCGUUUGUGAUGGAGCUGCUGAAGAACUCUGUGGCUAUGCAAGAGCAGGUCCUCACCUGCAAGGGUUUUCUGGUCAUCGGCUACACUCUGGAGAAGUCUUCCAAAGUGCAUGUGACGCGACCCGUGCUGGACAUCGUCCUGGCCUUCGCCCGUUACCUUAGCAACCUGCAGAACGGCGUCCUGCUGCUCAAGCAGCUGUGUGACCACAUCCUGUUCAACCCGGCCAUCUGGAUCCAUGCCCCCGCCAAGGUGCAGCUGACCCUGUAUACCUACCUGUCGACAGAGUUCAUCAGCACCGUGACCAUCUACAACGCCAUCCGCAGGGUGGGCACGGUACUGCAGGUGAUGCACACCCUCAAGUACUACUACUGGGUGACCAACCCUCAGGACCGCAGCGGGGUCACGCCCAAGGGCCUGGAUGGUCCGAGACCCAACCAGAAGGAGAUCCACUCUCUGAGAGCCUUCCUGUUGCUGUUCAUCAAGCAGCUGAUCAUGAAGGAUUAUGGCGUCAAGGAGGACGAGCUGCAGAGCAUUCUGAACUACCUGCUCACUAUGCACGAGGAUGACAAUCUGAUGGACGUGCUGCAGCUGCUCGUGGCGUUGAUGUCGGAGCACCCCGGCUCCAUGGUCCAGGCCUUCGACCAGCGCAGCGGGAUACGGGUCAUCUACAAGCUGCUGGCAUCCAAAAGUGAAGGAAUUCGAGUGCAGGCACUCAAGGUCAUGGGCUACUUUCUCAAGCACCUACCAGCAAAGAGGAAGGCUGAGGUCAUGCUGGGUCACGGCCUCUUCUCCCUGCUCACCGAGCGCCUCAUGCUGCACUCCAGCCCCUUCAGCAUGACCACCUAUAACGUGCUGUUUGAGAUCCUGACUGAACAGAUCUGCACCCAAGUGAUCCACAAGCAGCAUCCAGACCCAGACUCCACCGUCAAGAUCCUCAACCCACAGAUCUUGAAGGUGAUCGCUGCCCUGUUGAAGAACUCUCCCCCUUCCCCUGAGACCAUGGAGGUGCGCAGGAUCUUCCUGUCCGACAUGAUCAAACUGUUUAACAACAGUCGUGACAACCGGAGGAGCCUGCUGCAGUGCUCCGUGUGGCAGGAGUGGAUGCUCUCGCUGUGCUUCAUCAACCCCAGGAACAGCGAGGAGCACAAGAUCACAGAGAUGGUGUACGCCAUCUUCCGCAUCCUGCUCUACCACGCCAUCAAGUACGAGUGGGGCGGCUGGCGCGUGUGGGUGGACACGCUGUCCAUCACCCACUCCAAGGUGACCUUUGAGCAACACAAGGACAGCCUCUCGCACAUGUUCCGCCAGUACCAGAGGCUGGGCUCUGACGGCAGCGACGCCCACAUCCGUACCGUGUCCGGCGCCAGCCGCGUCUCCGACCUGCUGACCCGCGCCAACGGCGAGCACCCCGAGGAGACGGCGCCCUCCACCAUGAUCGAGCUCACCGUGGACGAGGCUGGAGCCCAGAGCGGGGACGGGGCCGGCGCAGACGCCGACCCCGCCUCCGCCUCUGCGACGCCCUCCUCCACCUCCGCCGCCUCUGCGACGCCCUCCUCCGCCUCCAGUCCACCAGAGGGCGAAGGCGAGCGGGGACACACACCUGUCACCGUGUCCAACAUCCUGGCCAUGGCUGAGGAAGAAGAAGAGAAGCUGAUUAAAGAGAAGGAGUCUCCCACGGAGGGGGAAGAUGAUGAAGACAAGACUAAGGAAGACAGACCAGCAGAAGAUGGAGUUGGUCCUGAGGUCAGCGAGCACCAGGCUCCCACUGAGACUCAGAACCCCACCGACAAAGCCGCCGCCGAUGCCCAAGCUGCCCCUAGCACCGUCGCCACGGAAACGGAUGACACGGCAAACCCCGAGGCACCAGAAACGGACAACGACAAGGCAGAAACGUCCACCUCGGUGGCAGAGGAGAACUCUCUGAACGAACCGACGAAGGAUACCAAGGAAGAGGUGCCGUCUUCGGAAGCCUCGCUCUUCACCAAGGAUCUCGUGGACGCGGCGUCCGUUAGCGACCAGCUCCGCGCUAGCGAUGUCGAGGACAGUUUAGAGGAGGAGUCCUACGUUUCUGCCUCCGGGACAGCCGACGAUGAAGCAGAGGAGGAUGAAAAGGUGGAGGAGGACAAGGGAGAAAAGGAUGAAAAAGCGAAGGAGGAGAAGGGAGAAAAGGAGGACAAUUUAGAAGGAGUGGUGAAGAUGGAGGUGAAGAAAGAGGAGGUGAAGAAAGAGGAGGUGAAGAAAGAGGAGGUGGAGAAAGAGGAGGAGCCUGAAGAGGAGGUAAAAGCUGAGGAGGAAAAUAAGACUGUUGUGGAGGAGGAGGAGACGGAGGAGAAGAAAGAGAGUAGGGCAGAUGAAGGGAAGGACGAUGCAAGAGUAGACAGUGAGGAGAGUCAGGUGACCCCAUCAGCAGUACAGGAGAGUCAGGUGACCCCAUCAGCAGUACAGGAGAGUCAGGUGACCCCAUCAGCAGUACAGGAGAGUCAGGUGACCCCAUCAGCAGAAACAGUACAGGAGAGUACCUCACAGUCCCUCGAGACUGACAACACGACUGCCUCCAGCACUGACCUCCCAACCACAGGACAAGCUCAAGACACCACAGCGCCCCCUGCAGCUUCGGAGGCCACAGCACUGUCAGACUCCAGUGUUCUGACCCCAGACCCAGCAGCCGUCCCAGCUCCGGAACCGCUACCUGCAGGGAACACAACCGUAGAAGAGGCCUCAGGGACCCCCAGCACAGACGUCCAGAACCCCACCUCUGGUGCUGCUGAAGCAGGGAAGGACGUUCCAGAAGCCUCCUCAUCUUCAUCUUCCUUCAUAAAGACCAAAGAGAUCAAGAUCGCUAGGCUAGAUGUGUCCAGCAUAGCCUCGGACACGGAGAGACUGGAACUGAAGGGAACAUCUACCAGUGAUGCUAGCCAGGCCCAGGCUGCAGCAGCUGCAAUGCCAGCAGAGUCCGCGGACCAGAGCGGCGCGGGUGCCGGCUCGACAGGCCGCUCAACCAUGUUCCGUAUCCCAGAGUUCCGUUGGUCCCACAUGCACCAGCGCCUGCUCACAGACCUGCUGUUCUCCAUAGAGACGGAUGUGCAGAUGUGGAGGAGCCACUCCACUAAGACGGUGAUGGACUUUGUCAACAGUAAUGAGAACGUGGUGUUUGUCCACAACACGGUGCACCUGAUCUCCCAGGUGGUGGACAACCUCAUCAUGGCGUGUGGGGGCAUCCUGCCCCUGCUCUCCGCUGCCACCUCCUCCUCGCAUGAGCUGGAGAGCAUCGAGCCGUCGCAGGGUCUGAGCGUGGAGGCGUCCGUCACCUUCCUGCACCGUCUGGUCAGCCUGGUGGACGUCCUGAUCUUCGCCAGCUCCCUCAACUUCACCGAGAUCGAGGCCGAGAAGAACAUGUCGUCAGGGGGCAUCCUGCGGCAGUGCCUCCGACUGGUGUGUGCCAUGGCUGUGAGGAACUGUCUGGAGUGUCAGCAGCACUCCCACUUCAAGCCCGGCGCAGACUGCGCCCGCGGCCACAACGCCAUGCAAGGCCUCAUGGGAGCUGCUAAGUCCAUGCCCGCGCAGAGCCCUGUUGACGUGGUUACAGGUGGGAUGUCUCCUAUCGGAGACCUGGACCGCCUGCUACAGGACAUGGACAUCAACCGCCUCCGCGCAGUGGUCUUCAGAGACAUUGAGGACAGUAAGCAGGCUCAGUUCCUGGCCCUGGCUGUGGUCUACUUCAUCUCUGUCCUCAUGGUGUCUAAGUACCGGGACAUUCUGGAACCUCACAAUGAGAGGAAGCAGCCUCGCAGGAGCCAGUCCUCCCGCAGCACAGACAGCGGCGGUCUGGAGCUGGAGAACGGCGUGUCCCUCCGCCGCCGCGACUCGGGCAUCGGAGACGAGCACGCCUCCGUGGCCGCCAGCGAAGCUGAGGCCUCCUCCGGCGCCGGGCCGGACGCCAUCUCCGAGGCCCUCUCCACCCUCUCCCCCGAGGUGAGGCGCGGCCUGGACACGGCCGCAGAGGCCAAGGGCAAGAACGUGAGGGACAUCCUGCGGAGUCUGGUGAGCGGGCCCGCCGAUGACAUCAUGGUGGACCCCAGCCUGCUGCCGCCGACCUUCCUGGACGCCGUGGGAGAGGGCACCCAGUCGCUCCACUUCCGCUCCUUCGACAGAAGUGUCGUCGUGGCACCCAAGAAGGUGGGUGGAACCCCGUCUCCGGGCUCCUCCGUCGCCGCCACUCCUAUCCCAUCAGCCACCGCCGCCUCUGCAGGGACGCCAGUCAACGACGUUUCUGUGGUAUCCACUGGCGACGCCUCCCAGAGCUCUGCCGCCGAGGCAGCAGCCGUUCAUGUUUCACUAACGGGCCGGGCAGGCCGGGGCGGGCCAGGGCAGGCCGGGCCGGGCAGGCCGGGGCGGGGGCGGGCAGGCCGGGGCGGGCCGGGGCAGGCCGGGGCGGGGCGGGGCAGGCCGGGGCGGGCCGGGGCAGGCCGGGGCGGGGCGGGCCGGGGCAGGCCGGGCCGGGUUGUGCAGGACCCAGGGAUGCUUCCGGUGCGUGUGACAAGCCUGUGUUUCUGUCUGUGUCCUCAGGAGUGGCAGAACUCCAUCCAGAAGAAUGCUGGUCUGGCCUUCAUCGAGCUGGUCAACGAGGGCAGACUGCUGAGUCACACCAUGAAGGACCAUCUGGUGCGCGUGGCCAACGAGGCCGAGUUCAUCCUCAGCCGACAGAGAGCCGAGGACAUCCACAAGCACGCAGAGUUUGAGUCCUACUGUGCCCAGUACGCAGCGGAGAAGCGCGAUGAGGAAAAGAUGUGUGACCACCUGAUCCGGGCGGCCAAGUACCGCGACCAUGUGACCGCCACGCAGCUGGUCCAGAAGAUCGUCAACAUCCUGACGGACAAGCACGGCGCCUGGGGGGCCUCCUCCGCCAGCCGGCCCAGGGAGUUCUGGCGCCUCGACUACUGGGAGGACGACUUGAGGCGCCGCCGUCGCUUGGUCAGGAACCCCUUUGGAUCCACACAGUCCCAGGCCACGCUCAAGGCCGCUGCCGACCACGUGACUGGCAUUAAUGCUCCCGAGGAAGAUAUUCUCAAAGGCAAGCAGUCCAUUAGAAGUCAAGCUCUGGGAAAUCAGAACUCAGAGAGUGAGAUAUUGUUGGACGGGGACGAUGACACUCUGUCAUCUUUGGAAGAGAAGGAAUUGGAGAACCUAACAGGUCCAGUAAACUUGAGCACCAGCGCACAGUUGGUCGCCCCAGCAGUGGUGGUGAAAGGGACGCUGUCCAUCACCGCCUCUGAACUCUACUUCGAGGUGGAUGAAGAAGAGCCCAGCUUUAAGACUAUCGAUCCAAAGGUAAGAGAGGGGCUUCAACUCCAUUGCCUGCAGCCCGUCGGUGCUCUCAACCCCAAGAGGGCUGCGUUCUUCUCCGACCGCUAUGAAUCCUGGGAGAUGAUCAGGUGCCCAAGUUCCACUACGGGCACACAUUACUCCACCUCCAGCUUCACCCAGAUGUGGCUGCUGCGCAUCGAGCCCUUCACCACCUUCUUCCUCAACUUUCAAGGUGGGAAAUUUGACCACGCUGACCGUACCUUCUCCUCUGUGUCCCGUGCCUGGAGGAACUGCCAGAGAGACACCUCUGACGUCAAGGAGCUGAUCCCAGAGUUCUACUACCUCCCGGAGAUGUUCAUCAACGCCAACAACUACAACCUGGGUGUGAUGGAGGACGGCACGGUGGUGUCUGACGUGGAGCUGCCGCCCUGGGCCAAGAGCCCCGAGGACUUCGUCCGCAUCAACAGGCUGGCUCUGGAGAGUGAGUUUGUGUCGUGCCAGCUCCACCAGUGGAUUGACCUGAUCUUCGGCUACAAGCAGCAGGGCCCCGAGGCCACCCGCUCCCUCAACGUCUUCUACUAUCUGACCUACGAGGGCGCCGUCAACCUCAACUCCAUCACUGACCCCAUGCUCCGCGAGGCGGUGGAGGCUCAGAUCAGGAGUUUUGGGCAGACCCCCUCUCAGCUGCUCAUCGAGCCGCACCCACCCAGGAGUUCCGCCAUGCAGGUGACACCACUCAUGUUCACGGAGCAGAUGCAGCAGGACGUCAUCAUGGUCCUCAAGUUCCCCUCCAACUCUCCCGUGGCGCACGUGGCGGCCAACACCCAGGCCGGCCUGACGGCGCCCGCCAUCAUCACCGUCACCGCCAACCGCCUCUUCGCCGUCAACAAGUGGCACGGCCUGGCAGGUCAUCAAAGUUCAUCAGUGCAGCAGGACCAGCAGUACCAACUGCCUGUGGAAAUCGACCCUCUGAUAGCCAGUAACGUGGCCUCCCACCGGCGCCAGAUCUCCGACCUGCUGGACCAGAGCAUCCAGGUUCACGCCCAGUGCUUCGUCAUAACUGCCGACAACCGCUACAUCCUGCUCUGCGGCUUCUGGGACAAGAGCUUCCGGGUCUACUCCACCGACACGGGUAAGCUGACCCAGAUCGUGUUUGGCCACCGUGACGUGGUGACGUGCCUGGCCCGGUCCGAGUCCUACAUCGGGGGGGACUGCUAUGUGCUGUCCGGGUCCAGAGACGCCACGCUGCUGCUCUGGUACUGGAACGGCAAGCACAGCAGCAUCGGAGAGAGCCCGAGCACAGAGUUUGUGACGCCACGAGCCAUCCUGACGGGCCAUGACUGUGAGGUGACGUGCGCCAGUGUGUGUGCCGAGCUGGGCCUAGUCAUCAGCGGCUGCAGAGAGGGGCCGUGUCUGAUCCACUCCAUGAACGGUGACCUGCUGCGGACCUUGGACGCCCCGGAGCCCUGCGUGCGGCCCCGCCUCAUCCACUCGUCCACCGAGGGCCACUGCAUGGUCUACUACGACAAGGGCCACUUCUGCCUGUUCAGCGUGAACGGCAAGAUGCUGGGACACCUGGAGGUGGAGGAGAACAUCAAGGCCAUGCUGCUGAGUCGUGACGGUCAGUACCUGCUGACGGGGGGCGAUGGGGGUGUGGUCUCCGUGUGGCGGGUGCACGACCUCAAACAGCUGUUCACCUACCCGGGCUGUGACGCAGGCAUCCGCUCCAUGGCCAUGUCCAACGACCAAAGGUGUAUCAUCACAGGCAUGGCUUCCGGAAGCAUCGUGCUGUUCUACAACGACUUCAACAGAUGGCACCAUGAGUACCAGACCAGAUACUGAGCCAUCAGCGUCUAUCCUCUAUCAACACUGUCUCCAACACCCAGCCCUGACACAUCCACUGUUGUCCAGGACGCUAUCACAAUCCUGCCACUUGACUAAAGGCACUACUUAUACAGUACUGAUAUCCUGAAUGUAUCAAAAAGAGCUGAUCUAAAGAGAUGAAGGAGGAAAUACUGUCUGACUAUGUCUAAAGUCUGAAUUAUUUUUAAAGAAGGGCAUUGCUAUAUUUUGUAGAUGAUAAGAAUUUCAUAUAAAAUCUUAGGGUGGGGGGUGAAUUACCUAUGGUUGAAUGGGGAAAAGUAUAUUUUUAGCUUGUAAGAGUCUAUUUUCAUCUCUUUGUGAGGGAAAUGAGUGGAGGUAGCUAGAAAACAAUAUAUUUGCAUCUACUGUCUUAAGAAUCCAUAUGUGUGUACUUUAGGGUGAGUGAUUUUAUUAUUUUUUUCAAUAGGGAGUGAAUUGUGGGGCUUCGUGUUUUUGCUGUUUUGUUUAUCAAGUACUUUUUUCAUAAUCUUUCAUGUCUGUGGAAAUUGAAAGGAAUAUGAGUUAGUGCAAACUGACAGUUAGUCCUAAACAUGGAUACAAAUAAGUAGCCUACAUUUUCUAUUUAAAUGGACAGAAAAUGCAUUUCGUCAGGUUUUUGGUCAACCGAGAUAUCGCUUUCUUAUGUGGUUUGAGUCCGACGUCAUGAAGCUAGUCUAACAAAGAUGUUUCAGAAGAAGCUGUCUGUUGUAAGUUUAUCUAUGUUAGUCUCAAUAAUAGAUGUCCUAUAACUAGAUGAUAAUUAGAUGACUGUGUUACACAUACUACUUAGAUUCAGUUUAAGCCAUCAUCUGGUUUGGUGUAGAUACCAGUUUAACCACAGUCGUUAGGACCUUCUAAUCAUGGGCUGUGUACUACACUCUCUGAUUGGCCUCCUCUCCAAGGGAUUAAUAACAAUGAGUUAGACAGCGGAACACAUUGUUUCAGAGGGGAACAAGGGAAAGUCCAAAUGAAACAUGUCCAUAGAUCUUCUUUAUCCCCUAGCUGUACCUGUCACUUAACACGUUUACAGAGGACAUAUCAACGCACCUGUGCCCCCACCAUUUUGGAUCUUCAAUGUCUUCGUCGACUACGGAGCAAUCACCCCCAGCAAUUGCAGUAAACACAUCAACCAAUCACAUGUUGCAGUUAAUUACUAGAGUAAACAACUUGGUAAACUACACUUUCCUGAUUCUUGAACAUUCCAUUAGAUUUUAUAUGAGCAUGGGUGGAUAUGACCACAUGUCAACUACCGUAUUUUAUGUAUCGCUCAAUAUUUUGACCAUCCAUUUGGAACGAGUGCUUUUUGUGUGUUGAGUUCUGACAAUAAAACUGAAUUUUGUAAUUUA